AUUCGUGGACGAUACUAAAGCUGCUGUUCAGGCUUUAUUAUUCAAAACGAACAUCACGAUGGGAAGCGCUCUCAUAUGCGGAGCUUUCCCUCUGAUUUACAACCAGUCGUUGGCUGUAACGAGUCAGUUUCUUUGUAUGGUGGUAUCAGGCUGCGGACACCUGUACGUUAUUUCCUGGCCGGCUGACGAUUUGAAAGAAAGU